AUGUUGAGUGUCAUUGAUAGCUUCUUGAGGGAAUAUAAAGAUGAACAACAAAGUGACCUCACUGAAUUAUUCAUCAAGUCAGUGACAUCAUUGAAUGAUCAAACAACAACAAGUAGUUUAUCAUCUGAAGACAUAUCACUUAAGAAUGAUUACAUUCUUCCAAAUAUAUCAGAGUUACUUGCCAUUCGACAACAUGAUGACCAAGAGGUGUUGUUCUGGAUAGGCAAGGUUGUAACAUUGUUAGAGUCGACAAAUGAAGAGACCAGUUUGGAACGAACAAUGACAUUGCUCAGUCAAGCCAUUGCCCAGCCACAUUGGUGUUACCAUAUCUUGGUCGAUCGCCAAUAUCUCACAACAUUGAUCAAGGCACAUCAACAGACAGAGGCGAUGAAUCGUCUGUACACAUUGUACAUCGACUUGCUUCGACUGUACAACGACUGUCCUGAUUGUUAUGAGAACAUAUCAAUGGCCUUUGGUGAGGAGCGAGUGAGCCAAGAACUAUAUCAAUGUAUGAUGUCAUCAACGUCAUCACCAACACUGCGAUAUGGAUGGCUCAAUGAUGUGACACGAUCAAGUGCAUUAUCAAGAUUCCUAUCCACGCACAAACAACAUGUAUUAGAAUCACUUGACACACUACAAUCAUCCUUUGUGAUAGCGAUGCGAGAACUAAAGGAUUCAUUCAAGAUUGUGAUAAUGAUUGUCAAGGAGGAUGAGGCGAUAAGGGACAUGCCGGCCAAUCAAAAGAGAAUGAUCAAUAUGAUAUCACAUAGCAUGUUCAAAGAUAUUGCUGACGAUGGAUUCGUUAUGUUCAGUCCAUUCAUCAACUCUGAUGCACUCAAUCAAGGAGCAAACUUCUUCCAACUCUUCCAAUCACUCAAGGAUGUCCACAAUAUGAAUGCCAUCAUCAAGUUGAUAGGCAAUUGCGAGAGCGAGUCGUCAACAUCGUCAUUCCUCAAACAAUACGCAUCAGUUGAGAACAUUAUCACAAGAGUACUUAACGAACUAACAUGGUCCGAUGAUUACACUACAUUGGUGUUACUCGAUGGCAUCACUCAAUCAUUCUCAAGCAUCAACAUGGACAGUGCGCAGGCAUCAGCAACUCUCCAACCUCUGGCAGACCAUCUCGAGAAGCUCAAUCUGAAAUCCAAUCGUAUGGCUGUAUCACUGCCAACCAUUCACGCUCCAGUGAUCAUCAGAUCGUUGGUAAGAUUGAUGGAGAUAUGUGGAGCAGCCAAUAAGAACAACACCAAUCUAUACCGAUUGGCAAUGAUAUUUUUGGUGCAGUUGGAUGAUGAGGUUGACCAAGAACUGCAUUUGUCAGAGACACUCAUCCAGAAGUAUCCAUUGCUCACCAAGGUGUUCAUCAAGGACCAAUACCGCCCCAUGAUCUAUGAUUCACUCUCAUGCAAUGUACAUUUCCUCGCCACGCACCAUCGUCACAAUCUGCUGGAGAGUGAUCAGAAGCAACUAAAGACGUGGGGCAAGAGACUACUCUGUAUGCUCCUUAGCUUCAAAUACACGCCCAAAGUACAUCGAUUUGUCAACUCAUAUGACAAUGUAUCUGAGAUUUGGUCCCAAUUCAUUCGCUCACUUUUCAAAACUGUUGAUGGUGAUGAUAAUGGCGAUGCCUAUCCUGUCGAAUGGUUGAUUACCGUGAUACCCAAUGUGUUAAUGUUGAAUGGCGCGGCAGACGAGAUACAUCCAGCAGCAGUAUUCACAUUCUUCAAACUUAUCCACAGCUCACGAUUGAGCCCGAUCGAGCAUGAUUGGAAGUCACUCAAACAUACAUUAUUGGCAAAGGUCAAUCCAGCUCACAAAGAUUAUCAAUCACAACGUCAAUCAUACAUUGAUCACAAGAUACAAUCUAUUUUUGAUCGAUCACCAGCACUCAAUCUUGACCCGUCACUCUGGUCAUCACUUCCACCAAUACCCGUUCGUCACAUCAUUGAUCACUUGGUUUUGGAUGAAGGUGCGACGGACAUCGACCUGUGUACACACUCGCGAUGGGUCGUGUCACUGUCCACUGUGUCCAAACAGUUCCAUCAAGUUGUCAGGGCAUCCGUGUCCCACAACCCCGUCCCAUCACUUGGUAUCUGUGACCAAAUGAACCAUAUUGGAUCAACAUACUGUCUGUUCAAGUCUCCACCACUGCACAUGGAUGCCAAGGACUUGCGAUACAUACCAAUCAAACUGAUCAAUGAGUGUUUGAACAAUUUGGAAUCAUUGGUCGUGCCCACGGACGAUGGAUUCCUCGGCAAAAAUGGUUUCCUCUACGGCUAUGAGGUUGGUGGUGAUGAUCUCUUUGACGACGACUUUGGCAUUACCUCUCCAAUGGAGGUAUCCUCAUCAGUCCUGAUCAUCACGAUCGAUGCUCCACGACUUAGACACAUCAAGUUUGUCAAUCAUCCUCGACUCUAUGAUAGUAAUCUAUUGGAUAACAUCAGGGAGGCGGUACCAUCAUGCUUCAAGAUCAUCGAUGUAUCUAUUUGGUCAACUAGAAUCAAUAUCAUUUGUUGGCAUUGA